UAGUGCCACAUCAGUUUUCUCCUGAAUUUCAUUGAGAAAAGUCUUAAGCUUAUUAUUAGUCAUGAAAUUGACACUAUUAAUUUGUAUAAUUUUGCCAUUAUCAGUUUUUGGGCAGUUAAAGCCACUUCCUCCUGUCUCUGCUGAGGAUAACCAAAGAAUUAUUCCUAAAUCGAUCUUCACAGUCGUAGCUCCUGGCACCAUUCGCAAAGCGGUACCAUACAAUAUCUUCAUUAGAGGAAUCGAUAUUCAAGAGGCAAUAAUUCUGAACAUUAAAAUUAAUGGAAAAAGUGAGUCAGGAACAUUUGUUAAUAUUGUAAAGUCAGCAACAAUUUCGAGUGAUAAAGCAGAUUUGUUGAUUGAUUUUGAUACAUCAGCAAUCACCAAAGGCGCAUACAUACUUUUUGUUGAAGGCAAAGGGUUUGCAGAAAAGAGAAGCUUGACUUACAUUACAAAGGAAUAUUCAUUCCUUCUUCAACUAAGCAAAGCUAUUUUCUUACCUGGCGAUCUUCUUCAAUUCCGAGCUUUUGCUGUCGAUUCCGAGACAAGAGCUGUAGCACCAAAAUGCUCGAGUGUCGUUACAAUUUCUGAUGCAAAUGGCAACGCCAUCGUGUCAUUUAAAAAUAUUGCGUUUGAUAAUGGUAAAUAUGAGAAUCAACUUGAAUUGUCUAGUAAAGCUGGUUUAGGAAUUUGGAAGUUGAAAAUUCAAUGUGAUGAUGAGGUUGUAUUCAAAGAAUUCGAAGUAGCUGAAUAUGCACUUCCACUGGUCGAAGGAUCAUUGGUGAUUCCUGAAAAUAUUCCAUUCAAAUUUGGAAAAGUUCCAAUCACAGUUGAAGUCUCGUACACAUUUGGUGGUGAUCCAUCAGGAACUGCAACUGUAAUUAUCCAAAGAAAUAGUCAAAUCACCUUAAAAAGGGUUGUUGUUGUUAACUCCGGUGUCGCAACUUUUGAUGUUAAUAUUGUAGAAGAUCUCAAAGUCAAUCAAAUGGACUAUGCAGCCUUUCAAGCAAAUCUAGUCUUUGAAGAUCCAUUGACUGGCGACACAAUAACAGAUGAGAAACAUUUUGUGAUCAGACCUUAUGCAUUCUACACAUAUCCAAAAGGUGAUUCCAACAUAAAACCAGGAACGCCUUACAAGUUUACAAUUGCUUUGAAAAGAUAUGAUGGCUCACCAGCCUCAGCAGGUGUUCAGAUUCAAGUUAUUCCACAAAGUCCUAGUACACUUCCAUCACAAACUUUAGCUAUUGGUGCUGAUGGAAGUGUUUCAUCCUCAUUUGAUAUUCCAGCUUAUACUCAACUUUUGUCAUUGAAAAUUCAAGCUGAUGACACUGCUGACAACUCUCUUAUUGCUAGUGUCGAGCAAAAAAUCAGUGACAAUUACUUACAAAUUGAGGUUUUGACUGAAGCCCCUGAACUUGGAGAACCUGUCUACUUGAAAAUCAAAUCUGGGCAAUCAGUUGAAUAUGUCAUGAUCCACAUCGUCUCAAAAGGAGUUUUAGUCGAGACAUCAAAAGUUUCCUUCGAUAGUGACGAAAAUGAAGAUAAUGAUCCAAAUACUGUUGUAUACAGCUUUACUCCAUCAUUCAGUCAUGCACCAAAAGCUUCAAUUCUAGCUUACUACAUCAAUAAAAAUGGAGAUUUUGUGACCACUCAGUUCAAUCUUCUUUUGGAAAGAAAUCUUCCUAACUAUCUGAAAAUUUCACCUGCAACUCUACAAGUUAGGCCAGCAGUAAAUAUAAAUCUGAACAUUGAAAGCUACAUUGGAUCGACAGUUUCAUUAGUUGCUAUGGACCAAAGAUUAUUGCUGUUAAGAGACGGCAGCAACAUUACAAAGCAGAACAUUAUAGAUGAUAUACAAAAGUAUGCAAGGAAUAUCAUCCAACUUAACUGGGGUAACAUAGCUGGUUAUGAAUACAACUUUGGAGCUAUGGGACUGUUUGUCUUCACAAAUAUUCCCAGACCAUCAGCAAGAUCCAUAAACAGGCCAGAAGUAAAUCUUGUUCAAAAAUUCUCUAACCUUCCAACAGAAAAGAAGACAAAGGAAAUUAAAAUUCGAGAAGACUUUAGAGAAACAUUCUUGUGGCGCGAUGUUUCUAUCUCAAAUUCCGCUAAUGAUUAUGAUGAUGAUACAAAAGGUCUUGAAGUUAUUUCCGAGAAAGUUCCUCAAUCAAUCACAACUUACUUAAUCUACGGAGUUGCAAUGAGCACACAGAAUGGAAUGGGAUUGUCUGACAAUGUUCCAUCGGUGACAAUUUUUUUGCCAUUCUUUCUUUCCGUUGAACUUCCAUAUUCUGUAAAAAGAAAUGAAGUUCUUGUUCAGGAUAUUAUUGUGUUCAACUAUUUGAAAAAAGUUCAGGCUGUAGAUAUAAGAAUUACUAAACAAUUGGGUUAUGAAGCUGUUGAUCUUGACAAAUAUGGAUGGAAAGAUAUCAACGGAUUUUACAUCAAAACUGUCACAACUAAAGUUGCUUUAAACAUAAAGCUAGAAUUUGCAAUGAGACCGAAAACUCUCGGUUUUAUUCCUUUCGAAGUAACUGCUAAAGGACCAUUGGCUGGUGAUGGAAUUAAGAAACAGUUAAGAGUUAUUCCUGAAGGAAUAUCUCGAUCAAUUACAUCUUCAGUCUUUCUUGCACUCGAUUCUAGAACUUCAACAAUUCAAUCGCAAUUGAGUUGCAAUUUUCCAGAUUCUGCAUACCAAGAUACAAGUUCUAUAUCUGCAACUGUCGUUGGAGAUACUUUUGGAAAAGCACUGAGCAAUCUCGAUAAAUUGAUUAAUAUGCCAGGUGGAUGUGGUGAACAGACAAUGCUUAGUCUUGCACCUGAUAUAGCCAUUUAUGACUAUCUCUCUGUAUCUGGAAAGCUUACUACAGCAUUAAAAGAAACACUUCAGAAAUAUAUCCUAGCUGGAUAUCAAAAUGAAUUAAGAUAUCAAAGAACUGAUGGAAGUUUCUCAGCUUUUGGAAACAAAGAUAAAUCUGGAUCCACAUGGUUGACUGCUUAUGUUGUUGAAUACUUCUAUUUUGCUAAAGAUAUAAUCAGCAUUGAUUCUAAUACUAUUAAGAGAGGUGCUGAUUUCGUCCAACAGCAACAAUCUAUUGAUGGAUCAUUUAAAGAACCUGGAAAAGUUAUUCAUGCUGACAUGCAAGGCGGAAGUGGAGCAGGAAUUGGAUUGACAGCUUAUUGUGUAAUCAUGUUCACAAUUAUCUUACCAAGACAUCCGGAAUAUACAGCUACAAGAGAUAAAGCCGUAAAUUAUUUGGAAGACAAUUUCAGCACCAACAGUACUGUCUAUGAAUUAGGCAUCAUAGCAAAUGCUCUGAUAUUUGCUAAAAGUAGUAAAGCAGACACUGCCUACAGUUUAUUUGAUAGUAAAAAGACUGAAACAACUUCAGUGUUAUAUUGGGUACUACCAGGACCUCCUUCUCCUAGAUAUCAGCCAAGAUCACUUGAUAUUGAAGUUACUGCAUAUGGACUACUUGCAAAUAUCAAAAGAAGCGGAGAAUAUGCUACCAUUCUCAAGAUUGUUAAGUAUCUUGUCAGUAAGUCUAAUAAUCUUGGUGGCUACAGUUCAUCACAAGACACUGUCAUGGCAUUAUAUGCAUUAAGCCAAGUUGGUAAAGCUUACUCAAUAAAUGCAAAUGUUAAGCUUACUUUAGCACCUGAUGUUGGUUCUUCUAUUUCAACUAAUAUUGAAUUUACAAAUUUGCUUGCUGUGCAAUCUUUCGAGUUAAAUUCAGCUGCCAGAAAAAUUGACAUUACAGCCACAACAUCUGAUUCUGGCCUUGCUAUUGUCAGUCUUAUAUGCAAUUUUUAUGAAGACCCAAAUAAAGUUAUUCCAGUCUUUAAUGUGACUUAUAAUUUAAACUUAUCGUCUACGCAUAAAAUGACAAUGAAUGUUUGUGCUAAUUACAUUCCUAAAGGUACUUCAAACAUGGCUAUAAUGAUUGUAAGAUUGCCAUCGGGGUAUAUUUACAACGAUUGCAAUUGUCAUAAAAAUACGGAAGUUAGCAAGACUGAAGUAACAAAUCAAGGAUCGAAAGUCACAUUCUACUUCAACAGCAUCACAAACAUUAACAGUUGUGUCUUCGUUAAUGCUUAUAGAGUCAAAUUUGUUGCUGAAUUGAAACCUGCAACUAUUGAAGUUUAUGAUUAUUAUGACACAUCUAAACAAGGAAUGACUUCUUAUCAAGUUCCCGUUUGAAUGCACAAUGGAUGUGGAAUCUGGUUUUUUAUUAAUUUUGCUAUUCGUUAUUUUUUGUCAGUUCAUGUCAAAUUUUAUAC